CAAAAGCCAAACCUAGCACACGCCCUCCGCCUCGCUUGCCCUUUAUAUGCAAAUGCAAAGCAUAGCUUCGUCAAGCUGUCUCAACUCUCCACGCUGCUUCCUUCAAAUUCUCUGUAAGCUCCACCUCUGCGCCACCAAAACCCUAGAGAGGUUGAUAGGUUUCAAUUUCUCUUUAGGCAUUCCCACGCGUCUGCCGCAGCGAAACCCUAGACGACAGAAAUGGCGCUCCCGAAUCAGCAGACUGUCGAUUAUCCCAGUUUCAAGCUCGUCAUCGUCGGCGAUGGUGGAACAGGAAAAACUACGUUCGUGAAGCGGCACAUUACUGGAGAAUUUGAGAAGAAAUAUGAGCCGACCAUCGGUGUUGAGGUUCAUCCGUUGGACUUCUCAACAAACUGUGGAAAGAUUAGAUUCUAUUGUUGGGAUACAGCUGGGCAGGAGAAGUUUGGCGGCCUGAGAGAUGGUUACUACAUUCAUGGGCAGUGUGCGAUUAUAAUGUUUGAUGUCACUGCGCGGUUGACAUACAAGAAUGUUCCAACAUGGCACAGAGAUCUUUGCAGGGUAUGUGAGAACAUCCCUAUUGUUUUGUGUGGAAACAAGGUUGAUGUAAAGAACAGGCAAGUGAAGGCAAAACAGGUCACUUUUCACAGAAAGAAGAAUCUCCAAUACUAUGAAAUAUCUGCCAAGAGCAACUAUAACUUUGAGAAGCCUUUCCUCUAUCUUGCUAGAAAGCUUGCUGGAGAUGCCAACCUGCACUUUGUGGAGUCAGUAGCCCUCGCUCCUCCUGAAGUUCAAAUUGACAUGGCUCAACAAGCAAUGCAUGAAGCAGAACUGAGAGAUGCUGCAAAUCAGCCCCUUCCUGAUGAUGACGAUGACACAUUUGAGUAGUGGAGUUUGCCUGAAGUUCGACAGCGGUGCUUUAUUGCCCAGUGUUGCAGGGUUUUGGUAGCUUGGGAGGAGUUUGAGUCCGCAAUGUAUUGCUGAAUUGUGUUCGCCAGUUUUUGGCAUUUGAUAUGCUGGGAGAAUGUUUUGCCUGCUUCCCGUUGUCUAUAUCCUUAAGCGAGAUAGGUGUGUUUAAUUGAAUUGCAAACUUCUUGGUCCCCAAAAGUGCUGUUGCCUCCAAUUGGAGGCAUUGAGGAAGGCCUGCUCUGUUGGAUACUUUCCAUUAUGAUUCCCUUUAAACUCAAUUUCGCCAA